GACUACAAUAACAACACACAAGUUGCAAAUAAAAAACGAGAAAACGCGAAGCUCAGCGUUAUGACCAAUAUAUACCUGGGAAAAAGUGCUUGACUCGGCCAUUCUCAAGCAGACAGACGGACACCCAUUUUUAAAUUGAAAAAACACCGUUAGUCGUUACCGCCAACUCUUUAAAGACGGUUGCGAUAAAAAAUAUAUAUAACUGUAAUAAAAACAUAAAAAUAUUCUAAUACUCGGAAAUGAUAUACUAAUAAAAAUAUUUAUAUAUUUAAAAAAGAUUUAAAGAAAAAACGCUGAGUUUUUAAAAAUAAAAUAAAAGUGUUUAACAAAAUAAUUUAUAGCAAAAAUAUCUAAAAUUAUAAUUUUUUAAUAAAAAAUAUUAAAUAAUUUCAAUAAAUAAGAAACAAGUGCUUGAUUACUUUUGAAAAUUUUGAUGUGAAAGUGUUUGAAAUUGAGAAACGAAAAGUGAACAAAAAUAACUUUUACUAAACGAGUUAAAAUAUCUUAAAUCGCUGGCUACCAUUACCCACCUUUAUUAUCCUUCAAUGAAAAUGGAGGAUCCGAACCUCGCUGAUCAGUAUGUACAGGAAUUUGUACUGGAACAUUUGGAGGAUGGUACCUCGGCCGUUGGUGUUAAACGUGAAGAUCACAGUCCUGUAGCGGCGACGGCGGCAAAAAUAACCUGGACCACCGAACCCUCGGCUGUGGCCGCAGAAGAAGAUGAAACUGCUGUAGAGCCUUUGAUAAAAAUGAGAGCUUUCCCGCCCAACUGGUCGCAUAUGGACGAAAGAAGAUUGCAGCCAUUAUCGCCGCCACCAGAAAUCUACACUCAUGGUCCCAUGGCGGGCCAGGCGAUAUUAGUGAAUACCUCUGUACCGGGCGGAGUGCCCUCUACACCACCUGAAACUCCCCCUGUUAUAGGCUCACCCACGGGCAGUACCUGUGCCCAGGUAUACUCUGGAGUUCCUAGUUCCCAUUAUGCCACACAUCAUCGGCCACCACCGCCCAGUGCUGGUUUGACUCAGGAAAUGAUGUGGCUGCCGAAUUCUAUGAGAUCAGAUCCUCAACCUUUAGACUUAAGACCUUUGGCGGGUCCCUCACAAGAUGAGGAAUGGGAAAGGCAUCGUGAAUACAUGCAAUCGGUGGCGGCGGCUAAUCAUCAUAAUCAUCUUAUACAAACACACCAUCAUCAUCAUUUCCAGACAAUAGAACAUUUGACACCCAUUAAUAUGCACUCCUCGCCCUAUCACAAUGGCAUCAUAACCAAUGGCCAGGUCAAUAAUACCAGCUCCAUUAUACACACCAAUCCCAAUCAUGUCAGUAAUCAUGUCAACAAUCGGCCACACUCGGUCAGUUCAACAAGAUCUUCCACAAAUUCCCCGCGCACCUGUUCUGGUCAAUAUUCCACCUCUAGUAAUUUGGGUUUAGACGACUGCAUUGACGAUGAUCUCUUGACUACACUAACGGUUAGAGAAUUGAAUAAACGUCUGCAUGGUUGUCCACGUGAAGAGGUGGUUCGACUGAAACAAAAACGCCGAACUCUUAAAAAUCGUGGUUAUGCCCAGAAUUGCCGUUCGAAAAGACUGUUACAGCGUCAUGAAUUGGAAAAAACAAAUCGUCAAUUGAAUCAAGAUCUGCAUCGUUUAAAAUUGGAAUAUACACGGGUUUGCCAAGAGCGUGAUCAAUUGAAACAGCGGCUACGUGGUAGUAGUGCUUCUACUUCUCAAAAUGGUCCCGUAACGGGGACACCCUCAAGUGUUAUUACCCUAAAUGGUGGUGCUGCCGGAGCCGGAGGUGGUGGCGGUGGUGGUCCAGCUCAUCAAUUGAAUACAGAAAAUCAAAGUUCACCGGAAUUUUAUCUCUGACGUCAAUUAGCAGCAGCUGCCAGUCAUCAUCACCAUCAUCAUCAUCAGCACCAUUCUUCGCAUUCGCACCAUCAUCCGGCACAUAGUGCCGCUGCUCAUCAAUGGUCUUCUUCAUCUUCUUCGGCAUCUUCAGCAGCCUCGCGUUAUCAUCAACAUUUAGCGCAACAUGUUCAUUCUCAUGUGCCGCAUCAUCAUUCUGCAUUGCAGCAGCAGCAACAACAACAACAGCAGCUUCAGCCUUCCCAGCCUACGGUAGUGGCAGCGGCGGUAAACUGAGUUAAGUUGCAUAAGUAUACUGAGAGCUUUAAGAUUAGAAAAUUAGAGAUUUAAUUAAAGUUUAUUUAUUAAUUUUAAGUUUUAUUUUUAAUUCUUCUUUUUUCAUUUAAUUUAUUUUCUAAGUUGAACAAAGUUUUUUUUCUUAUAAUUAUUAAAUAAUUUUAUUUUAAAUAAAAUAUUUUACAAUUAAAAAUUAUUAAUUG